UAAGGUUGAACAUAUUGAAUGUCGCAAAGAAGAGAGAACAUAUCAACGCAUUUUAACCAGCCUUUACUGAAUGCGCCCACAUUCAGGGUGUGAACGUUUGAAACGUCGGUAAACCGUGGGGGCGGAGACAGGUGUUAGGGGAGGAGCCUGGUGUUAGGGGAGGAGCCGGGUGUUAGGGGAGGAGUCAGGUGGUACGGAGAGGACGCCUUGUUCAGGAAACGAAACUUAAGGUUCAUAGAGACCAAAGCCAACCGACGUGGAAGCAGUUCUCUCUUUCAGGAGAAAUAGUUUGGAACAAAUAGUCUGACAGACAGUAUCAACUAGGUUGAACAUAUUUCAAUGCCAAAAAGAAGAGAAAACAUCAACGCAUGGAAGUAGCCUACACAGUGCGUGAAUGCACCAAAGUCUGAGCGUGUUCAUGGGGGCGGAGCCAAGGGUUAAGGGAGGAGCCAUGUGUUAGGGGAGGAGAGGACGUCAUAUUGAGGAAACGAAACCAAAGCAACCCGCGUCGAAGCUGUUCUCCCGUUCAGGAGAAAAUAAAUCGCAUUUUGGGACAAAAAGUCUGACAGUAAGAACAAGAAUGGCCUGUGCUAACACUUCGUGGUCUGAAGAAAACUUUUCAUGUUCCAUCUGUCUGGAUGUGUUCAACAGUCCAGUUACCACCGCAUGUGGACACAACUUCUGUAGAACCUGUAUUACAAAGUUCUGGGAUGAACAAGUCCAGUACAAAUGUCCUGUUUGCAACAAGCUUUUCAACACAAGACCUGAUCUUCAGGUCAAUACCUUCUUAUCAGAGCUGGCUGCUCAGAUUAAAACAACUGUACGAGUAAAAGAGCAGCCUUGUGUUGACCCAGCAGUAGUUCCCUGUGAUGUCUGUACUGGGACCCAGCAGAAGGCUGUGAAGUCCUGCCUGAUGUGUUUUACCUCUUACUGCGAAACCCACCUGGAGCCACAUCAGAGAGUCGCUGGCCUGAAGAAACAUCGGCUGGUCGAGCCUAUGGACCGUCUGGAAGACAGGAUGUGUAAGAACCACGACCGACUUCUGGAGCUCUUCUGCCAGACUGAACAGGUGUGUGUGUGUCAGUUCUGCACAGAGGCACACCACAAGUCCCAUCCUGUUGUACCUCUAAAGGAGGAAUAUGAAGUGAAGACGGCCCAGCUGGGGAAGAUAGAGGCUGAAUUUCCGCAGUUGAUCCAGGAGAGAAAACAAAAGAUUAAGGAGAUCAAAGACACAGUGGAACUGAGCAGCAAAGAUGCAGACAGAGAGAUAGCCCAUGGUGGGCAGGUCUUCACUGCUCUGAUAGGCUGUGUUGAAAAGGGCCGGGAUGAAUUCAACCAAACGGUGAAAGAGAAACUGAAAUCCACAGUGAAACGAGCUGAAGACCUCAUCAAAGAGCUGGAGCAGGAAAUAGAAGAUCUGACCAAUAGAAGCUCAGAGGUGAAGCGGCUCUCACACACUGAAGACCACCUCCACUUCCUCCAGACCUUCAGAUCCCUGAAGGAUCCUCCACCCACCAGGGACUGGACCACGGUGGAGGUCUGUCCUCCGUCAUACGUAGGGACCUUGAGGAGAUCCCUGGAUCAGCUGGAGGAGACACUGAACAUGGAGAUGAAGAAGCUGCCUGAUGAUGCUGAACUGAAGAGGGUCCAGAAGUAUGAAUUAGAUGUGACUCUGGAUCCUAAUACAGCUCAUCCCAGGCUCAUCCUGUCUGAGGAUGGGAAACAAGUGCAUCAUGGAGAUGUGUGGAAGAGACUCCCAGACAAUCGUAAGAGAUUUACAAAGUAUUCAUUUGUUCUCACGAGGCAGAGCUUCUCCUCAGGGAGAUUUUACUUUGAGGUCCAGGUUAAAGACAAGACUGUAUGGUGUUUAGGAGUGGCCAGAGAGUCCAUCGACAGAAAAGGUGAGACAGAGUGGACCCCUGAGACGGGUUACUGGACUCUUUGGUUCAACGAGGAUGGGUUGGUAUUUAAUGAUGACCCUGAUGUCGAUCUCCCUCUGAGAGCUGGGCUCCAGAAGGUGGGGGUGUUUGUUGAUUAUGAUGAGGGUCUGGUCUCCUUCUAUGAUGUGGAAGCCAGGGUUCAUAUCUACUCUGCUACUGGCUGCACCUUCACUGAGCCUCUCUAUCCAAUCCUCUAUCCAAGUUUACAUGAAGAAGGUAGAAACUCCGCCCCCCUGAUCAUCUCACCUGUCAAUCAAGCAGACUAGGACCUUUGUUUGAUAAUAAAAUAAUCAAACGACCAAAACAACUAAUGUUGUUUCCUGAAUUAGAAUAGAAUUAGAAUCUCUACUAUGAGAGAUCUGGGAGAUCUGCAUUAAUGUCAUACUGCUGUCAUUUAACGAGGAGAAUAUCUUUAAGAAUUAACCCUGUAGUUGUGUAACAUAACACUUUAUAAAGGGUUAUAAUGAGCUCCAUUUAUGUGUCUGUUUUCCCUUUAUUUCUUUUACAUGUUUAAGGAUAUACAAUUUCUUGUAGUUAUGUAGAAGAUGUUUAGAGGAUUAACAUGUAUAAAUAAUAAUUUGAAAAUUGAAUAUAUAUAUAAGAAUAUUGAAUGACAAAACAAUCCAAUGUCAUACAUUUGGGAUUUUAAUAAAAAGAAGGCCUGCCUUAUCAUGUGAUGGAUCAUUUCAGGGGAAUAGAUAGAUUCCAUUCCAAAAGUGUAAUAAAAAAAGUGUACUACAAAAAAUAAAAUUCCUUAUUUCUAAAACCCUUAUUUUGAUGAUUUAGAGAUUGAUGGAACUUUUUAAAUCAUUGAAGAAAUGUAAAAGUUUGUAGUUGAUGAACCAGUAAAUGAAUCUCCAAUAUAC